AUGUCUACCAUGGAAAAUAAUUUCAGGAAUUUGCGUCUGGAAACCGGUGAUCGAGAGAGCAGCUAUGGCUAUGUGUAUGCCGUGUCAGGACCAGCCGGUGUAACUGUUGGCGAUCCCGUUCUGAAGACCGGAAAGCCAUUGUCCGUGGAACUUGGUCCUGGGAUAGUAAACAACAUCUUUGAUGGCAUCCAGCGCCCACUAAAAGGCAUAUGUGAUUUGACCAACUCAAUCUACAUCCCCAAGGGUGUAAAUGUGCCAUCCUUGGAUUGUAAAGUCGAGUGGGAGUUUUAUCCGACCGCGACAUUGAAGCCGGGGAUGCAUAUCACCGGUGGUGAUAUUUAUGGUGUAGUCCACGAGAAUACCCUAGUCAAGCACCGCAUCAUGUUGUCACCAAAAGCACAGGGAACUGUACGGUGGGUUGCUCCAGCUGGACAUUAUACCAUCAAAGACAAAAUUUUGGAAAUCGAAUUCGAUGGCGAAGUAUCUCAUCACAGUAUGCUCCAAAUAUGGCCCGUACGUCAACCCAGGCCAGUGGCUGAGAAGCUUCCGGGCAAUUUCCCGCUGCUCACAGGACAGCGAAUUCUAGAUGCGCUUUUUCCCUGCGUCCAGGGUGGCACUACUGCUAUCCCUGGUGCUUUUGGCUGCGGGAAGACGGUGAUUUCGCAAGCAUUAUCAAAAUACUCCAACUCCGAUAUCAUUGUGUAUGUGGGUUGUGGCGAACGUGGGAAUGAAAUGUCUGAAGUGCUUCGCGACUUUCCCGAGCUGACUGUUGAGGUGGACGGGAAACACGAAUCGAUUAUGCAGCGUACUGCGCUGGUGGCCAACACGUCAAACAUGCCAGUGGCCGCUCGUGAGGCGUCGAUCUACACUGGUAUCACCCUAUCUGAAUACUUCCGUGAUAUGGGCUAUAACGUGAGCAUGAUGGCUGACUCGACUAGUCGGUGGGCUGAGGCAUUGCGUGAGAUCUCAGGUCGUCUGGCGGAAAUGCCGGCCGAUUCCGGAUACCCGGCUUACUUGGGUGCACGUUUGGCCAGUUUCUACGAGCGAGCCGGUCGUGUACAUUGUCUGGGUGGUCCUGAACCUCGGUAUGGUUCCGUCGGCAUCGUAGGAGCCGUAUCUCCUCCCGGUGGUGAUUUUGCCGACCCAGUAACAUCGGCGACUCUGAGCAUCGUCCAGGUGUUCUGGGGUUUGGAUAAGAAGCUUGCACAACGAAAACAUUUCCCCAGCGUGAACUGGCUCAUCUCUUAUUCCAAAUAUCUUCGCGCCCUAGAUGACUACUAUGAUCGCAAUUUCCCCGAAUUCGUUGGACUGCGUACGAAAAUGAACGAAAUUCUACAAGAGGAAGAAGAACUAUCGGAAAUCGUGCAGCUCGUCGGCAAAGCCUCUCUUGCAGAAUCAGACAAAAUCACGUUGGAGGUGGCCCGCCUAAUCAAGGAUGAUUUCCUCCAGCAAAACGGCUACUCAUCUUAUGACAGAUUUUGUCCGUUCUUCAAGACGGUCGGUAUGAUGCGGAACAUCAUCAGUUUCUACGAACAAGCUAGGCAUGUGGUUGAAGUUACUGCUCAAUCUGAUCGGCGUGUCACAUGGGCUCUAAUUCGGGAAGCCAUGGGCCCAACCAUCUACAAGCUAUCCAGCAUGAAGUUUAAGGAACCGAAAGUUGGAAAGGAGAGAAUUCUACGGGAGUUUGAGGAACUGCAUGAGGAAAUCACAUCUGGGUUCCGCAAUUUGGAAGAUUUGUGAUUGGUGUGUCAACUCGCGAUCAACUACUUAUGCUGUUGUGUGACCCAACGUCUGCCGAGCGCGCCAUCUUGGGAGGUAUGGGCUUGAAUCCCCUCCCAAUGUCUUUGUUAUUUAUACCAUCCUCAACCGACCAAGGUGUCGCAACCCCACCAGUCCUAUGCAUGGGUAGCUGCAGGUGUGAUCAAACAAGGCAUAAUAUUCUCUCAACUAACUGCGUGCGCAUUCGCCAAGUCAGGCUAGCUCGAUUUCUACCCUUCCCAUAUUCAUCAUUCCAACCAAUCAAGCAGGACCGUAUAUUGAUUUGUUAGGAAUAUACUUCGUCUAUCUUUAAUCUCUUCCUAUUUUCUUGAUGUUGUUCUGUUGACUGUGCGUCGCUGCUGUCUCAAUCUUUGAGUAGUUUCUAUGUUGUACACCUCGGUCGAACUUUAUUUGAAUUUCCUCUGGAAACAUACCAGUCAGCGUUUGAUCAUUGUGUUUUUUUUCGCUGUGCGGGUCUCAAUACAAAAACCUUGCAUUGGUCCU